CUCUUACCCCACAGUAGUGGUGGUUGUUGUUGUUGUUUUAGACAGGGUGGGCUGUUUUUACCCACUUCCUUCCGCGGUUGGGCUGUUUAUGAGCUCACAGACAGCGUCCCAGUGUCAGAGAACCUCGCCGGAGCAUCACAGUGCGAGGGAACCGGGGCAGAAUGGCUUCCGCUCGGCCUGCGAGGAAGAGCCCGGGGUCCGUGGACUGGCGGACGGUCCGUACCUCCGCUUCGAAGCCCCGGCGGAGAAUCGAAUCGAAUCGAAUCAUAUAAAUUCCACCCUCAUGGAACGUCCACACGAUCUGGUGUUAAUCGCAGCGGUCUUUAUGACCUGCCUCGUCAUCAUGAAAGCAAUGCCCUAUGUCAAUCGCAGAAGGAGACAAAGGCAGAAGGGUGUGACAGAGCUCGCCUGUUGUUGCCUUCGCCAGGAGAAAGGUUUCCAGCCCUCCCCAAGGCCCAAGUCUUUGCCCCAAGUGACAGUUGGAUCCUGUGGCCCGUUCCUAACCCUCCGUGAAUCCGGCCGAUCCAUUCGGGAUCGUAUUCUGGGUUGUUUCCUGGGAGCAAGUGGACACCCAGAGAGCGAGUGCUCAGCCAGAGAAGAAACUGGAACUCCGACAAAUACGGACCUGGAGCUGAUUGUUGGCUUAUCCCCAAAGCCCAUCGUUCAGGCUGUCAGUGAGGUGAUAAAAGAUAGUCCACGUUCCCCAAAUUCCACCCAGCACCACGGCCCAGACUCGCACCCUCCCAUCGGUGGCCAGGACCCAUCACCUCCUAACGCCUCGAUCUCUUAUUCUUCCUCUGGACGUGGUGAUGAGAGCUCGCUUCUAGUCUUGAAGGCCACCAAGGUCCCUAAGGCGUCUCUCACAAACAUAGGCCCUGGUCCCAGUCAUAAUCUUGGCCCAGACGAGUCAAUAAUAAUAACUUGUUCGAGUGUAAGAGGGAAAUUCGAAGCUAGGCUGAUGCUCACGAAGAUGAAAGGCAAAGGUCUAGAUCCGAGCCUUGGCCGAUGUGAACCUCGGUCACUGGCUUCCAAACCUUUGCUUGAAUAUGGUUCCAAAUCCGAGAUUGCUUCCAGAAACUCCAACCCAAUCUCCUCCUCGACCACUCUCGGUGCUCAAGAUUGUUCUUCAAAUGGUGUGGUUUGUGCUGACAGACAAAGACUGUUCUCAGAUGCCAAUGAACCGUUGGCACAAGGUAGUCAGAAGAUCUCAGCAGCCAACUCAGGUGCUCCGGGUGGACAAAUUUCUCCCAAUGUGUCCGGGGGUUUGGGAACAUUGUCGGGGUCAGACUCUCCUGGGAAAAGCCAGCUUGCGUCAGAGAAAAACAUCAGUGUGCCACGCAGACCACGAAGAGUCUCACCCCCUCCUAACCGGCCAAGUCCAACAAGCGACGAGGAAUUUGUGGAGAUCUCCCUUGAGGAGACCUCGCCUCCAAAGAUGUCUCCCGAAAACAAGCGGACAUCCAGGUCGGGAAUGUCCCGAUCGCUCUCCGAGUUUUGGGCUAAGGUCAUCUUCAACUGCGGCCAAGAUCCUACCACGCCCAAGAAGGCAAGAGCUUCCAAGAAGGCCAGGACCGAGACAUUGAACGUUGGGGUCAAGACACAAGCCCUAGGGGGUCAAGAGGAACCGUGGUUUAAGAUUCCCACUUUACCCAAGAUCAGUCGGUUGGACUUACCUUGGGGAAAAGUUCUGUCCGAUCUCCUCUUCCAAGAGAUAUUUAGACUGAAUGAGACCUCAAAGGAUGAGGGUCAAGCUCCUGUUGAAGGAGAAGACUGGGACGGUCAGGGGGUGGUGGGUGUGAUGCGUCCCUCAAACAUCAGCAUGUCCCCGGAGAAGGUGGACGAGGCCCAUCCAGAAAUGGCGUUGGCUGUGCCGGGAAACGAAGGAUGGACUGGAUGGAGCUCCGCACUCCCCCUCCCCCCGUUCUAUUCCAGAGGCUCCUUCUCCGGACACGACGAGGAGGUCCAGCCGCCCACCUCUUCUCUCGUCGGGUUUUCGCACCGGAUCAGAUUCCCAGCCCAUCACCCACGUCACCAGAUUCCCGUGUGAAGUGAUUUGACCAGGACAGGUCCCGCCCGCCACCCAGGUACUCUAGAAACAGAUUAGUUCCAUAUAUUUAUCUGACCGAAGCCGAAGAAAAAAAAGAAUAUUAAUCCAAGUAAACAAAUUUGAUUUAAUGUAUUGGUGUCGCACGUUACAAAUACACGUUAUUGCCUUUGUGAA